UCUUCACAAGUCACAUUGCAUCUUUUUCUCUUAUGAUGAAGACCACCAUGACGUUAAUGAUAACAAUUACUAUUUUGUUUCACACUUUUUUUUACAUUGGAUUUUCUAAUGAUGAAGCACUUAUCACUACACUUUCACAAUUACCAACAUCACUCCUUCCAUCUUUUGACAUAUACCAUCAAAUAUCCAAUCCAUAUUCUUCACAUGAACCUCUAGAAAAUAGUAAGAAUAAAUCUCCACCAUCUCCUCCACCACCACCACCACCUCUUUUAUUUGACCACUUUGUGCUAUCUCAGACAUGGCCACCAACAUACUGCAAAAUUAAAAAUAAUGAUUGUGUCUCUCCAAAGCCACUAAAGUUUGUCAUUCACGGUCUCUGGCCAAGUAAGAAAAACGGCGAUCCAGUACGAGAUUGCCAUAAAGUGGACAUAAAUUUGAACGAGUUAGUUCCAAUAAAGGAAAAACUUGUUAAAGAUUGGCCGGCAUUAUAUAAAAAGGUUCAUCAAGAUGAUGCUAACUUUGCAUUAUGGGUUGAUCAGUGGAAUGCGCAUGGAACUUGUUCUAUUCAGUUGUUCAAAUUUUUUUCUUAUUUUGAAGAGACAUUAAAAGUGUACAACAGAAAUAGUAUAAAAGAUAUCUUUAAAAAAUAUAAAAUUAACCCGGGCAAAAAGUAUCUUACAAAAACUAUUUUUGAUGCAAUACACACAGAAAUUUCAUUUAAGCCACAAAUUCGAUGUGAACAACUUAAUGAGUUAGAUUAUUUAUAUGAAAUAAGACUUUGUUUCAAAGCAAAUGUUGAACUAGAAUAUAAAGAUUGUGAUAUUUCUUACAGUGGUUGUCGCGGCCAGGAAGUGAAUUUUUAAUAAAGUUCAAUGGAUGCAGCUAAAAGUUCAUGUGUGUGGAGUUUAUCUCCUAUUUUAGUUUCCUAUUAUGCUGCUUUUUGUUAUUACUUUUAUAUUUUGUUGAUUAUUGUUGUGUUUCCAUGGUCUUGUUUGUACUCUUUCUAUAUUCCUUUUUCACACGUUAUUGUGUUAGAAGGAAUUAUAUAAAUAAAAUUUGAAGUU